AUGGAAACAAGGGCCAGCGGAAAGCUUCCCGGCCACAAGGAGUCCGUUGAAAUUUGCCCCCAGGGAUUACUGGUGUUCACCGGAACUUCAGAAUGGGACUCCAACUUGGCCAAGCAGUUCUGGAUCGCAGCGUCGAUGUACCCUCCUAACGAAUCUCGGUUGGUGCUAUCCCGAGGUAGCAGUCAGCGCCUGCCGGUGGCCCAACCCUCUCGGCGCAGUCCGCCGGAGAAAAUUUACUUCCAGCCUUUUAGCCUUGAGAAAAAUAAGACUACUGAUGUCACCACUGAAACCAUAAAGAUUCAGGCAUCUGAGGAGAAAAAAAAGUAUCUCCAAAAGGCUAAAAGGAGAGAUGAGAUUCUCCAACUCUUAAGAAAACAAAGAGAAGAAAGGAUCUCGAAAGAACUGGUUUCCCUUCCUUAUAAGCCAAAGGCCAAAGUACACAAAGCAAAGAAAGUGACAUCAGAGUCAGAUAAGGAACACCAAGAGGAGGUCAAAGCCUUGGACUAAUGUGAUGGACACAUGGGAAAGGAUGGCUCACUUAGAUCUUGACGUUUGAAGCACCCUUCUCCUAUGUCAGGAUCAUUGGGAUCACUUUGUUGAAAUAGACAAAGAAAUAAAAGUUAAAUAUGCAGACUUCUAGGAAUUUUACCAGUUAUUGAAUACUUGUGU